UUAGACUUUGUCUGGAUUUUGUUAGCUACAUGAAGUGUGGAUUAAUUAUGGAAAUUUCCUGGAAUAAUGCACAAAUCUGGUAAUGGACUCUCAAUCAAGAAUAAGGAAAACCCAGAACAAGGCUGGUAGCAAGAAGCUGUUACCUCAUGCUUCCUUGUUUCAAUUUCUUAACUAGUGCUUUUAUAAGGUGGAUGAUAUUCUUAAAAGAAAAACUUAGUUUGCUGAAUCAGUCCUCGUCAUACUUGGACAAAACCAGUUCUACCAUGGGACCAAACCAUGCUGCAGUGACCUGUUCUGCAACUGGUGCACAUUCUAUUGGUGAUGCUACUAGAAUGAUUCAGUUUGGAGAUUCAGAUGUUACGGUUGCUGGGAGCACAGAGUCCAGCAUUGAUGCUUUAUCAAUUGCUGGAUUUUUCAGGUCUAGGACUUUGACUACAAAUACAAUUCUUCACCACUAGAAGCUUCAAGGCCUUUUGAUUGUGAUCGAGAUGGGUUUGUGUAAUUUUAUUCCUUUUUUUUUUUUUGUCAAAAAAUAAAAUAAAAUCUUUGUUGCCUGCCAUUUGUUUUCCUGAUAUGUAACUUGAUAUUUGAGCUCAAGAUUGGUGAAGGUUUUGGUGUCCUGGUAUGAGAGGAACUAGAGCAUGCCAAAAACUGAGGAGCAAAAAUUUAUGCAGAGGUUCGUGGCUAUGGGAUGUCAGGUGAUGCACAUCACAUUACUCAACCACAUACUGAUGGAAGAGGUGCUAUUUU